GAUCUGACUUGUCCUCCCUGCUGGAAUUGUUUCUUGCUCCUCGGAACUUAUUCGGGUGCCACACUCGCGCUGUGAUAUGGCCAUUUCUGUUUCUCUCCAGUGUCUGGGUCUCAUCAUACUCGCAGCAAUCCUCCUCCAGACCAUCGCCGUUGCCGUCAGUUUUAUGUAUUUCAACAACGUCCUGAACACGAUGCAGGAGAGUUUCUCCCGUAGUAGCGUUUCCUGUCUGAUUAACACAGAUCUGCACUCUGAGUUCGAAGAUUCAGCAGAGGACAAGAAGAGCGACCCCUGCUGGCAAGUCACGCAACAGCUCCACUACCUCAUAGAGAAGACGAUGGCUGAUAGAUUCCAGAAGGAGAUAUCCACUGCUAUGAGAGAUAAGGUGACAGGAGUGAUGCCUAUCCUGAGCCCUGGGGUCAGAGGGGUCCCUCUUCCUAAAGUUGCUGCCCACGUAACCGGUGUCACCUCGUCCACAGAAACUCCAACAACAGAUGGCCUGCGGAGUAGCAGGGGGUACCUGGGGGAGCGAAUUAGAGCAUGGGAGGGCCAGAGAGGUCUGGCCUUCCUGCAGGACAUGGAGCUGAGCGGAGGAGAGCUGCUGGUUCCCAGAGCAGGCCUCUAUUACAUCUAUGCCCAGACCUACUUCAGACUGCCCUCCACGGGGGAGAUAGAUGGGGAGGCAAAGGGGGAGACGGGGGAAACAAAGGAGGAGGAAGGAGUACAGCUUGUCCAGUACAUCUACAAGAAGAUGAGUUCCUACACGGUGCCCAUCCUGCUGAUGAAAUCAUCCCGGAGUGCUUGCUGGCCUCGGGGUCAGGAGCCUGGUCUUUUCUCCCUGCAUCAAGCCGGUUCUGCCUUUCUACAGCCUGCCGACCGCGUCUUCAUCACUGUUAGCAAUGCAAGCACCAUGGAGAUGGACGGGAGGGCAAGCUACUUUGGGGCCUUCCUUGUUGGCUAAAGAAAGGGAAUCUCAGAUAUAAGUGUCCGGGACUGGGAUGACUUGAUAUAGACAUCAACAGAAAUUAACCCAAAUAUCAGGGGUUUGCUUGAUAAUACAAGCAGCUGUCUGAGGGGACUGGAGAAGAAGAAUGGAUUGUGAGGAGUGCAAAGGACUUCUUCAGGACCAUGGUGCUGUAGGGUUAUGAACAAACUGAGCUGCUAGCAGACUGUCAGUGGCAAAUGGCAAGGAAGAAGAACCAUUUGCUGCUUAUUUACUCAGCAGUGACCAAUUAAUUGGUCCUCACACAGGUUUGGACAUGGAUUAUGUGGUGCACUCAGAGUACAGGGUAUUUGGAGCAGUACAAUAGAUGCAGAUUAAAUGUUGUGCUGUCAUGUGUGAAUGACUUCUAUGGAGAACAGAGUGAGCUGUUUUGCCUGCAGGUUCAACAGUCGAGUUCCACAGGAAAUGACAGUGCUGUUGGACAUAUGACACUUAAAUUGUCUUUUAUUGACAAUAAGUAUCAUGUUCAAUAUUAUGAAUGAAGUUUAUUUUUUGUUUACA